GAGUGCAAAAAUGCAGAGAGGAAAAAACAGAAAGAAAAAAAAUAAGAACAACAGCUGAGAAAUAAGGACACGGCCGAGAAACACCAUAUGGGCGCAUCGGAGAGGAAGGAGACGGAUGGACAAUUUAGGAAUGAGGAAAGGGUGAUUGGUAGAGAUGAAAGAUGAGAGCGGGAAGAGUACCGUCGCUGCAUACGCUGUAUACAGUACAGCUGCUCGACGGGUUUGACACACCCCCUGCUGAAUACCCAGUCAGCCAGUGUGCCACAGAAAGACAGAUCAUUGUGGGUUUUAGAGAAAGAGACACAGAUGGAGAAAGGGAGUUCAGAUGGUAUUAUUGGUGAGUUAAUAGAGGUUAGACUUGGCAGUGCUGCUUCUGUGCUCAGUAAAUCCACACUGAUGAAGCUCCUGGUCUGUAACAGGAGGAAUCUUUCAGUACGAGCUGAAAAGAAGCUGGGAGGCCUCGCUCUGCUGCUUGGCUUCCAGUAUGUACCAGGUUUGCUUUUCAGACGCCAUGUGGGAGUCGAGUCGUGUCUUUAUUAAGACUCGAGGAGCCCCUCGGUUUGGUUUCUCCUGCUGGACUACAGAUGAGAGCUGUGUGUGCUGUGCAGUUGCAUAAGAGAAGCACUUUGCUCCACUUUCAUGCUGGCUGACUGCAAACACUGUGUGUUUUAGUGUAAGAGAAACUGCAACCAGUGGCCACCAAACACACUUCCUAAUUCACAGAAUUCCACGUCUUAACUUUCAGACAGUGUCCCGCUGAUACAUCCAGUGGCGUUUAUGUAACGUACAUUAUGGACGACAAUCCCAUAAUGCCACUUAGAUUUGUUUGCACCUAAGGGCCACCAGUGAGUCUGAAUGGCACCAUGACAGAUAUGUGCUGUGACAAGACAAGUCCGGAGGAUCCAGGAGAGUGCUGCUGAGUGGUAAAAUGGAGAAGUUGCGCAGGGAGGAGAGCUGGAGGGGAUAUUUUUGAGGAACCCAGUCUGACGUCAGAAACGAAAGAGAAAAGGAUUCUUCUAUGCUUGUGUAUGAAUUGCAAAGUAGCCAGAGGAAAAGACAGGAAUGUAAAUAAUUUGAACAUAUUUCAUGCUCUUUAUACCAACAUCCUCACCCAGCAGAAGAGUACCCUGGUCUAUAAACAAAUUGAAAAAAAAGAAAAAAAAGCAGUAUCUAGCACACAGACCAAAUAGAGAAAACCACAGGCCUUUAAAUAGAUGGCGGAAAAAGAGAAGUGUGAAGUGGACAGAGAUACACAGAGACAGAAGGUGAAAGAAAGAGUGAGAGCAGAAGUUUCUAUCAGUCUCUAAGAACUGGCAAACAGUGCCGCUGUGGGACUGCAGUCAUUGCUCUGAGCGGCUCUAACCUGGGAUUUACUCACAGCAAAGAUUUCACAAAGCAGGGAGGACAAAGACAGGAAGGGGGAGAAGAAACUGAGGGCUUAAGAUAAAGGAACCACUCAAAAAAAGGGGGGCUCAUGGGAAACCUCCUGAAAGUGCUGGCUUGCGCCGAACUUGAGCAUGGCCCAAUAGUUUUCCUUGACUUUGAACAUGCCCAGCCCACGGAGGCAGAGACAGCCGUGUGGAACCAGGUCAGCGCUGUGCUGGAGGAAGCUCAUGGGAUCCUUGCCGAGCUGCAGUCCUAUAAUGGCGCGGGCCAGGAGAUACGAGAAGCCAUCCAGAACCCGGGCGACCUCGCUCUUCAGGAGAAGGCCUGGAACGCAGUCUGCCCCCUAGUGGCCAAACUUAAGCGGUUCUAUGAGUUUUCCCUCCGACUGGAAAAUGCCUUGCGCAGCCUGCUGGAGGCGUUGACCAGCCCGCCGUACGCUCCCAUGCAGCACCUGGAGAGAGAACAGGCCCUGGCCAAACAGUUUGCUGAGAUCCUUCAUUUCACACUCAGCUUUGACGAGCUAAAGAUGACAAAUCCAGCCAUUCAGAAUGACUUCAGUUACUACAGGAGGACUAUAAGCAGGAACAGGCUGAACAACCAGCAGCUGGAGGCGGAGAACGAGGUUAACAAUGAGAUGGCCAAUCGGAUGUCCCUGUUCUAUGCUGAAGCAACACCAAUGCUCAAGACUCUGAGUAACGCCACCACCAAGUUUGUUUCAGAGAAUAAGACCCUGCCCAUUGAGGACACCACAGACUGCCUGAGCACCAUGGCCUGUGUGUGCCGUGUCAUGCUGGAGACUCCGGAGUACCGUUGUCGCUUCACCAACACAGACACCAUGCUGUUCUGCAUGAGGGUGAUGGUGGGAGUCAUCAUUCUCUACGACCACGUUCACCCUGUCGGAGCUUUUGCCAAGACAUCCAAAAUUGAUAUGAAGGGCUGCAUCAAGGUGCUGAAAGAGCAGCCGUCCAACAGUGUGGAGGGACUUCUGAACGCACUGAGGUAUACGACACGGCAUCUAAACGAUGACAGCACCUCCAAACAAAUCAGGGCCCUCCUGCAAUGAGAGAGAGGGGAGAGCGGUGGGAGGGAGGGAGGAAGGAAGGAGUGCACUUGAAGGAGGAGGAAAAAAAAGAGGAGGAGGAAACAAACGCCAAUUGCUGAUAAACCUGUUUGUUUACAACGAACAAAGAAAAUCAUCUCCAGGUUAAGAGUAACCUGCUGAUAUUAAGAAGAGGAAAAUAAUUAUAUAUAUUGUCAGCUGUCCAUCAUUCUGUCUCUCAUUUUGUAAAGUAAGAAAAGAGAAAAAAAGCCAGAAAAGAAAAUAUAGAUAUAUAUUAAAACAAGUGAAACACAAGCAGCAGAUGAAAAACAAGUAGGAUUAAAGAGGAAGCUAUAUUGCAAACUUUAAGGUCAGAACUGAGGCAAACUGAAAAUGUACAAAAAAAAGUUUAAAAAAAAGGGUUCAUGUUCCAGCAGUAGUCGGAGUAUUUUUGCACACACUUUGAAAACAACGCCAUCUCCUUUCCCCUAAAAUCUGAUCCCAAACUGAUCCCGGAGCCUUUCCCUGUGCCCCCCUCACACACCCAGUUCGAUCGGAGGGGGGGUUUAAGCAGAUGCAGUGGUUGUCGCCUUCAGCUGCACCGAUCUCAGCCUGCAGGCGACUUAUGAAGCAAUGUGAAGGAUACACUCCGGAGAUUUGCUUCUGCCUGUUUAGCUUCUCUUUUGCAUUGGUGUAGCUGAAGGAGAGGAGGCAAGAAAGUCUUUAAUGGGACGUCUUCGCCCUGAUUUCUUCCUCAUUCCAAUCACCCUCAUCCCUGUUCCCAUCCAUUCAUGGGAUAUGUGAUUUUUCCUUGGCACAAAAAAAGAAAAGAAAAAGUCCAUCCAUAUUGUGCGCCCCAACGCUGUGUAUGCCCCAGCACAAAUCAUCUUGUGAGUUGUCUGGCUUUACUUGAACAACGUUGUUCACUCUCUCUCUCUCUCUCUCUCUCUCUUCUCUAUCUCUCUCUCCCUCUCUCUCUCCAUGGUGCUAAUCUGGUUUAGAUAUCACAGUACUAGCUUGUUAGAAAUUAAAUUAAAAAGGGGGCUUAUCCAUCACUUUUUUUGCACUAACAUGUUAAAUCUCAAAAGCAGCAAUCAGCGGAUCUGCUUUCAGCUUUUCUGUGAUUUCACAUCAGUGCACAAAACAUGGAUGAAUGACCCAUUAAGAUCCAAGAAAGGCAUUCUAGGAAACCACAGCACACUUAUGUCUUCACCCAGUGCCAAAGCUGAUUGGUUUUUGCUUUUAUUACAUCAUCAUGAAAUCUUGCAGUCUUUCGAAACAUCACUGAUGACCAUUUUAAGUGCAUACGAGGAUGAGAUGACACGCACAAGUCAGAGGGCGGUCAAAUUUACACACAUGCAUCUUAAGGGAGAGCUCUGAGUGCUCCAGUGUAAAUAUAUGAGGCUUUUCUCAGCAGGCAUCUACAUGGUCCGCGUGGGUCCUGAAGGAAAAACACAUCGAUAUCUGCAUACACCUAGAGUUCUUUCUUUUAGUACGAGGUUGUUAAAGAACUAAGUAACUGAAUAAGUGGGAAAUAAAACUUAAAAAAGCUCAAAAGGAGAUUAAAAAGAAGUGCUGUACUUUGGAUGUCUAUAGCCCUUAGUCUAAUUUAAUUUGAUCUUAUAAUAUAUUUUCUAUACAGGGGUAUGUGCACAAGCAUAUUCUGUAUAAAUAGAUGGCAUGUUGUAAAAGUUCUGACAGAAAUGUGUAAAUAAGGUGUUUUUAUUCAUUUUUAAUUGUUCAGUGAUGCUGAAAUUCGGUAUGUGUUGUCAUUCAGAAUUACCAUGCGUUUUGGCUUGGACCAUCGGAUUUGCCGUAGUCAUAGGUUUCAGAAAUUCAGCUUCAUUAUGGCGAAUGAACUAGAGGGAGG